AUGCUGUCUGUUGCUCGUGGGACACACGUGAGUCAUGAUGGGACGGAGUACUUCGAGCUCGCACUGUUUAAUCAUUACCAGAACUUGAGGCAUUGUGGGGUAGAGGAAGUCCAGUGUUUGGCCAUCCUAUCCACAUGUGCUGCUAGUUGGAAUAAUCUCAGCGAGAGCUGGAAGCUUGCUGGCCAGGCUGUUCGGGCGGCCCAAGACCUGGGCCUGCAUAUUAACUUCGAAGGUUGUCUCGGCCGGCCGGCCGGGAUUGUCGAGACAGAUUACAACUGCAGGGUUCCUGAUGUUGUUGAAGAAAGCCCCCUCUCUGCUACAAAAGGCACCCCAUCGCCCGGGCAAUCGAUAGCAAGCGAGGAUGUAUCGAUAACAGGCUUCUACAGUUUGGCCCAGGCCUGUCGUAUCCUCAACGCUAUCAAUUAUUACACGCAGGACCUGAUGUGCGGCGUUUCAUGCGCCGAGCUUGAGCAUCGUUGCGUUAGAGAAGACCAGGCUAUGGUAUUGGAAAUGCGGCUCUCCGAAUGGGUCCAGGAAAAGCUCCCGUCGUCGAUAAAAUACGCAGCGAAUGAGCCGGAAAGGUAUGGCGGCAUGAAUUUAGCCAUUUGCACGAUCGCAUUCAUGCUUCACGCCAUUGCCGUUAUUAACCUCAAUCUGUGA